GCAGCCAAACUUGUUGCUCACGGAAUGUCAGCAAAGUCUAAACUGUAGACGGAAGACCUGUUUGCACAUCAUUGUACAUUGUAAACACUGGAUAAAGUUACAGGGACACAGAGCGUCUGACAAUGAAGGAGUAUAGUGAGGCGAUAGCUUUUUUGGGACAGUGGGGACGUUUUCAGCAGAUGGUCUUCUUCCUCCUUUGUGCCAGCAUUAUGCCCAAUGGAUCCGGCACUUUCAACCUUGUUUUUGUGGCUGAUAUUCCCCCUCAUCACUGUUUUGUACCUGACGUCAACCUCACUGAAGACUGGCUCAAAGCAGCUAUACCAGUACAGGUGGUAAAUGGGAGGCAGGAGCUGAGCAGAUGCAGCAGAUACAGGCUGGAUGUGGUCAGAAAUCUGUCUGCUCAGGGAUACGUUCCUGGCAGAGACGUCAACCUCACUGAUCUGGAGCAGGAGAGCUGUGUGGAUGGAUGGAGUUACAGCACAGACAUCUACCAGUCCACCAUAGUCUCAGAAUUUGACCUCGUCUGCAGUGAGGAGUGGAAGCAGCCAUUCACCAUCACAGUGUUCAAUGUGGGAGUUAUUUUGGGAUCCUUCUUUGCUGGACAGCUUUCAGACAGAUUUGGAAGAAAACCUGUACUUUUUGCAACCAUGGCAGUUCAGACAGUAUUUGGCUUCAUACAAGCCUUCUCCACCUCAUGGAUCAUGUUCCUCAUCUUCCUCCUCAUCGGAGGUUUGGGACAGAUGUCCAACUAUUUAGCUGCUUUAUUGCUAGGUGCUGAAAUUCUGACUAGCAAUGUGCGUGUCCUGUACUCAUCUCUGGGCACAAAUUUUGCUUUUGCCUUUGGCUACAUGAUGUUGGCUCUCUUUGCUUACUUUUUAAGGGACUGGAAAUCUCUACUGCUGGGUUUGUCUUUGCCUACCCUAGUCUACAUCCCACUCUGGUGGUUGAUCCCAGAGUCUCCUCGCUGGUUGCUGUCUCAGGGAAGAGUGGAUGAAGCUGAGGCCAUAGUGAGAAAAGCUGCAAAGUGGAACAAAGUUCAGGCUCCACAGUUAAUCUUUGAAGAAUAUAAUGAAAACAAGACAAAGUCAAAGAAGCACCCCACCAUUUUAGACCUGGUGAGGACCUGCGACCUAAGAACCAUCACGUUUGUUGUCUGUCUGGUGUGGCUGGUUAACACCAUUGGCUACAUUGCUCUUUCCUACAACACGUCUCAACUCCAUGAAGAUCCAUUUAUCAGCUGUUUCCUCUCAGCGCUUGUAGAGUUGCCAGCAUAUGUGUCCAUGUGGCUCGCACUGCGAUACCUUCCACGCCAAGCGUGCGUCAUUGGGUGUUUGCUUCUAGCAGCAGCGUCACUCUACCUCGUUCCACUGAUGCCACAAAGUUUACCAAAUCUAAAGGUUGUCCUGGAGCUUCUGGGGAAGUAUGCAUUUACCAGUGGUACCGUCUUGAUGUUCGUCUACUCAUCAGAACUUUACCCAACAGUACUCAGGAACACAGCGUCUGGGACUGGCAAUACAGUGGCCAGAAUGGGCAACUUAACAGGACCACUUUUGUUGAAAUUGAGUGUGUUCAUGAAGUAUCUGCCUCAUAUUACCCUUGGGUCUAUGGCUGUUGUCUCUGCCAUUGCUGCUGUUGUCCUUCCAGAAAGUUUUGGACGACCCCUCCCUGACACUAUUCAGCAGAUGCCAACAGUAAAAGUGUUGAAGUGUCCUUGCAUCAGUAAUAAAGAACACAAAAGAAAUGUGGACAGUCCACUAUGAUAAUCCAAUGCAAAAAACAUAACAAAAACUGCCUCCUGUUUUACAUUCUCAAAGAGAACCGAGCCAAAGGAGUAUCACAUUCUUCCUGUAAUGCUGACACAAGGAUGUGAGUCUGUAUUUAAGCAAACAGAGACUUGAUUUUUUUCUUUUGCUUUUAUAAGAUUAUCAUAAUAGAACACAUUACAGUUCAGACUUGUCUAGACUAGUUGCUGAUUGUGACGCACCGCCCUCAGCGGUGCUAGUAAUUUAUGUUAGUUGGUUUUGUUCAUUUCCUGUUUUAUUUUGGUGAGGGUUUUUGUUCGCUUGUGUGCACUGUGUCUGUCUUGUCUGCGUCCUCCCUGAUUCACUUGAUUGUCUGCACCUGGGGCUCAUUAUCUCUCUACCCUUUAUAUACCCUCCUCUCUCUGUGUCUGUUAUCAGUGUGUCUUUCAUGUUUUGUCAAGACAAGACCACCCUCGACCUUCUCUUGUUCACCAGACUUGCUUUGUUACAUUUUGUAAGUUUAUUGAUUUCACAUUUUGUGAAGAUCUUUUUGUUAUAUUUUUGAUACCUCAAAUGAGAAGAUUUUUGUGCUAGAUUUUUGAUACCACGUUCGUGAAGACUUUUUUGUUAGAAUUUUAAUACCUUGUUCGAGAAGAUCUGUUUGUUAAUUUUUUGAUUCUAUGCUUGUGAAGAACCUUUUGUUAGAAUUUUUUGAUUCCUCGACUGAGAAGAUUUUUGUGUUAACUUUGAUUCCACUAUUGUGAAGAUACUUUUGUUCCCUUCUUUUUGAGUAGUAAAUACUCAAACUAAGUUUACACUGUCUCUGUCUCGUGCAUUUGGGUCCAAGCCUUGUGAUUUCGUAAUAGCUGAUAUCUGACAGGUUUAUUACUGUAUAUGGAAAACUGAAAGACUUUAUAGCUCUUAAAAUUAACAUCUGGAAAGUUCAACACUGUCAGAUUUUUAGAUAUUGAGUAGAUAUAUAUAGGUUAAUGCAGGUUCACGAACAACUAUUUAAAUGUGUUUGCCAGCACCCUAUACAUUUCUUGGUCAAAAAAACCCAAAACAAAACAACACCACACACUAACAACCUUUACCCAGACUUUCACCAAAAAUUGCAUGAAUUGUUGGCCAAGACCUUGGUGGGAGAGUUGGACCACUGUAUGAAGUUUUCUCCAGCACAUUCUUCAAAGUCUUUGUGGUGGCCAAUUCAUGUGUGAAAAUUUCAUGUUGCAAUAUAACUCACAUUAUUAUCUCAUUUGGAAACUCUCUGGCAGUCUCACUUAUUUUGCCAAUCCUAAUACAUUCAGAACCUAGUAUUAGCAUUUAGCAGCCAUUAAAGGCACUCAGGGCAGAUCCAGAUCUUCAUCAGUACCUUGGUCAAAUACACUAACAAAGCACUUGUGCUUCAUGAAUCACUCUUUCACAAUUUGAGCCUGAGGAAUCCUGGUACUGUUAUCUUGGAAUAUGCCUGUGUCAUCUGCGAAGAAACAAACCCACUGAUGUUCAGACCUGGUUGUUCAGUAUAUUCAGGUUCAGCUGACCUCAUUUUAUGGACACAUAACAAUGUUAAACCAAGACCUGACCACCUGAAACAACCACAGAUCAUAACACUGCCCCCACAGGCUUGUACUAGUUGGUAUUAGGCAUGAUCCUGAUGCACCCAUCACUGUGGAACAGAGUCGAUCUGGACUCAUCAGACCACAUAACCUUUUUCCACUGAAACACAGUCCAGUGUUUAUGCACCCUAUCAAACUGUUGUUUCAGCAAUGCAUCAGUUGGUCUUAAAGCACUUGUUUCAGCUGAAAUAUAUUAAUAACUGUAGUAUCUAUGUAAUAAAAGGAUCUGAACUAUUUAUUUAGUUAAAUCCAGGUAGAUUCCUUUCCUGGUAUAGAGCCCCACUCACCUGGAGCAGGAGAAUUUUACACAUGCUGCACAUUUUAGACAUGUACUGUAGAGAAUAAGGUAAAUAAUGUAAAGAGAUACUAUUUAAAGAAGGCCCUGCAUGUGUCUUUCAUGGAAGAAGGCCCUGCUGAUGAUACUGCAGGCGCAAGCUUUUGUAAACAAUGGUGAAAGGAGGAUUCUCUGCCGGUUGUGGUAUGAAGUUCCUUGACCCGGCUGUUGACCCUGCAAACCAUGAUAGCCUUGGUAAGCCUGGUUGGUGCUGGCUUAAUAAUUUCUGGGCAGUAUGCCCAGACCAACUAGUGAAACAUUCGGCACAGCUGCGCCACUUCAAUAAAAGAAGAACCAAAACAACUUAAAAGAAGAACCAAAAACAACUGAUAAGAAAAACCAAAACAACUGAUGAGAUGACCAAAAGUAACCUUAAGUGUGUAGGCAGCAAGUAGGGUAAAUGGCACAGAUGGGCCUGACCAAAGAUGGUUUUAAAAAGGGAAGCUUCCGGGGGUAAUAGGAACCGAGGGGUGGUUUCUGCCAGUGGAAAAGUACCCCGAAGUUUCUAGAAUGCUGGAAAAAGGGAAUUUUGGGAGGAGCAACCCGGGGUUUUGCGGGAAAUCACGCCCCGAGCCCUGAAACAAGGUAUAAAAAAUGGGGAAUUUUCGGCUACCCUUCAGACCAUUCCUAGGUGUGUCUCCGUGUGUUUUGCCUUGCUUUUGCAAAUAAACACAUGUACGGCUCUGAAGACAGACUGGUUCGGCUCAUCAUUGUCUCUGACGAAGUUCUUCCCUGAUCAACACUUAGACAGAAGUCGGCAGUUUAAAGUAGGCGGGGAAAAAGGCGCAGACCUCCAAUCGAGUCUCGUCAGUACCAGUCCACUGUUGUCUCUGAAGUGAGGUUGAGGUAAUAGUAGUAACGACAAAUAGUAGGAAACACCAUUACAAAUAUAAUGGUUACUGUAGUAGAAAAGAAAGUUAUACAAUGUAGGUUGUCUAAGAGGAAACACAAAAAUGGAAGAAAAUGCACUACUGUAUGAUUGGUGGAUAUGAAUCAAGUUCUUUUAUUUAUGUACUGUACACAAGUACUUGUAUAUACUCAGAUUCCACGAUGUGUCAGAGGAAAAUAUUGUAUUGUACUUUUCAGUUAUACAGUAUUUGUCUGACAGUUGGAGUAGCCGUUCACAUUACAGUUUUUCAUCUUAUUUCUGUCCAGUGAUACUUGUCUUCAUAUUUGCUUAUUUUUGUGUUGAAUGUUGAAUGUUUGUGAUAAAACAAAGGAUGAAUAGUUAUAAAUAAAUAUUUUCAUAAGUUUGUUUUGGAUUCAUCUUUACAGGGUAGCUAACUUUCUCACUUUUUCUGAAGGCCAGAAAAGUAACUUUCUUACCCCAGACACAUACAGUAUGUACAUAUUGUACAAGUGAGUCAGAUUUUUUAAAUCAGUAUUUACAAAAUGUGUCCAGAAUUUAUUUAUGUUAAAUAGCUGCACCUAUACAUACUAUAUUCUGUAACAGGAUAUUUCUUCAUGUAUAUGUGAUGGUGUAUUUAUUACAUAAUUUAAUUGUUGUGCUCUUUACACCACAAGCUGCUGCUAUGGACACUGAGUAAAACUGAACUGCCAAUUUUGUAAAUAUUCUGCCAAAUUGUGAAAGAGAAAUGUGUGUAUAUAAGUGGGCGGGAGGAUGGGUGAAUGCAUAAGUGUGUUAAUUUUUAAUUGCUCUGUUUUGGAUCCUGGAGAAACGCUCUGUCAUCUCGUCUGCACUACUGUUGUAUGUACAACAAAAUGACAGUAAAAGUUGAUUUGAUUUAAUUUGACAUAUUUAUAUUAAACAAACCCAAGCAGUGUUUAAACACAGAAUUAUAUAAACUACAAAAUGUAACAAAUGAUUUUCAUCAUGCAAUGACAACCAUAUUCCUAAUAAUGUGCUGUUUUUUUAUAAUAAUACAUUCCAUUGUGCAAAAGUUGUUCAAACCUGGGAGUUGCACUUUUGUAUCACACACAAUAACACAGUGUAUUAUGUACAAACCAACCAAGCUGGAUGUUUUGAUCUGUACACAUUAUAUUUUACCAUCUUGUCAAAUAUUACACAUUUAAACAUUACAUGUUACAUUUUACGGUGUUUUGACUGACUGAUUUUAUAAGCUUUGAAUAAAUGCAGUUGCAAUAAGGAAAAUUCAACCCCUCACUGUCAUGUCUGCUCCAAGACUGUGUCUGUCUUUUCUGUUUUGUCUGUCAUUUCCUGUUUUAUUUUGUUAAGUUUCCCUCAUGUGUCUUGUCUGGUGUCUUUACUUCCCUUCGUUGAUUGUUUCAC